UUUAUGAUCACACUUUUAUUUAAUAAAAAACUAGUAUUAGGAAAAAAUCUUAAGAAAUUUUUAAUACUAAGUCACUUUUCAAAAAGAAACUUAUUUAAUAGUUCGAUGAAUAUUUCCUAACUUUUCACCCUAAUAUCGCAUCAUCUUAACAAAGUUAGCUUUACCUACAAUGGAGAACAGCAGUUUAAAUGAGCUUAAUUUUUCAAAACACUUUGAGUGAGUUUCCUGCAGUUGUUUCUGAAUCUGUUAGUUUUCGUCAAAUUAUCCCAAGUCUUCAAAAAAGGAGAAGGCUAAAUGAGCCUUUAAACCCAAAAUCACCUAAUGCUGAAGUUCUGAACGACAAAGAAUGCCAUCGCUAUGGAGACAUUUUCUUGGGAUCAGUUCCAGAACAGGAUAACGUAGCAUUGCUGUUUGGGCAUAUGCUAGUCAUCAACAAGGCGAAAUUGGUCAAACAUGACACCACAGCUGUAUGCGCUUUAAUGACAUCGAAAUCUGAGGCUCUAUAUAAGCAUGUUUUUUCGAAAAUAAAAGAAGUUUUAGAUUUCUCUCCAGUCACCAUUAUGUCAGAUUUUGAACGAGGACUACAGAAUGCUUUAAAAACAACUUGGAGUGAAAGCUUGGUGAAUGGUUGCAGGUUUCAUUUCGAAAAUGCAAUCACCAAGCAAUUAGCAAUUCUUGGUCUUCAGAGAGAAUACCGCCACCAAAUUCAAGUAAAGAAGUGGGCACAAAAAGUUUCAGCACUUUGUCUCCUUCCUGCAAACAAGAUCUUGGUUGCUAGGGGAUCUCGAGUUAUUGAGAUUGCACAAUUUAGUCGCGAAAUCAAAAUCAAACUGCUUGCUUUUAAAAGAUAUUUUGAGAGUUAUUAGCUCAAUAUAGCGACCCCAGAAGGAUUCAGUGUUUAUGGCUUGAACCACAAAACCAAUAACAAUGCAGAGAGUCUCAAUAGACAUUUGAAAUCAAACAUGGGUGAUCGACAUAGAGGAUUUUGGCAGUUUAUGAAAUUGCUUAACCAGCAUGUAAUAGUCCAUACAAUUCAAGAGAUUCAACAGCUUCCCUGCAAUCAGCCAGUCCGCCGUGACCAACGCGACUAUGGUGCAAUUGAAAAAAUGUUUUGAGAAAAAACUUCGAGACGGAGUUUAGACAACUGAUAGAUUCCUUUCAACAGUAUCAUAUCUCUUUCAAAACAUCAAAGUAGUAUAAGAUAAUUUUCCAAGUUUAUGUAUAACACUUCUUAUUUAUUAACCUUUAUCAAUUUUUUUACCAAACUAAUUAGUUUAACUUUAUUUGAUAAUAUAUUAUUUUCCAUGAAAUAUGGAAAAUUGUAUUUGAAAUUUUUAAAUAUUUUUAGUGCUUUGGAUGAAAACGUAAUGAAGGUUGGUGAGAGUCUUCCUUUGCCAACAUCUACUUCAACAGAGUCACCAAAGUGCGUUGUUUGUACCGUCAAUGAACGAAAUGCAUUAGUAAUGCCUUGCAGACAUUUUUUGUUUUGUCAGCCCUGCAUUCAACAAGUCCAAAAAAGCAACACAACUCAUUGUCCCACUUGCCGAGGACCAAUAUCAUCUAUAAUUGAACCUUUUCAAUGGUUCAGUAAAAUUUUCCCUUUUACCUAUAUUUUAAAAACUAGAAUGUCACACAAUUGUUUAAAUUUAUUUAAAA